AUAUUAAAUAUUAAUCCUCUAAUGUGGUUUGCAGUUGUUAUUUUUUUGCUUGUGGACGUUCAUGGUUGGCAUGCAUAUCUCUGGCUAUCCUAUGUUCCCGUCUUGAUGGUUCUGGUUUUGGGAGCUAAACUUGAAGUGAUUGUGGUAGAGAUGGCUCUUCAGAUGAAGGAUGUAAGUAAUGUAACCAUGGGAACCCCUCUUGUUUGUCCAAGUGACAAUCUCUUCUGGUUUGGCCAUCCAGGAUUUAUGUUAACACUCCUACAUUACACUUUAUUCGUGAAUGCAUUCGAGCUUGCCUUCUUUAUAUGGGUAUCAACACAGUUUGGAUUAAAUUCUUGCUACCACGAAAACAAAUCAUUUACAAUCACAAGGGUGGUGAUAGCGGUGGCAGUUCAAGUCCUUUGCAGCUAUGUAACUCUCCCCCUUUAUGCACUAGUGAGACAGAUGGGUUCACAAUUGAAGAGCAAAACGUUGGCUAAAAUUCUGAGGCAAUGGCAUGUUGAAGUGAGGGAGAGAAGGAAGAAGCAAGAAGAACUUGUAAAGUCUUCUAUUUCUAGGCACAUAAAUAUGUCCUCAGAAUGGAGCCAAAGAGAGAGGAGUGCCCGUGAGUUUGAGUUUUCUUCCACGCUAGGCGAAAGCAUUUGUUUCGCUAACAAAGGAGAAAUUGUAGAAGAACUGAAACAAACAAUGAAAACAAAGGCAAGCUCAUCCGGUGAACCAUCUAGUGCUGUCCCACCGGAAAUGCCAAAUCUGAGGAGUACAAGAACAAGAAAGUAG